GCAUCAUCUGCUCCUUGCCAAACAAACAGUUCGAGACCGUCGCCAUUCGCCACAAGAGUUUACAAUUGAUUCGGCAGUAAGAAGUGCAAGAAGUACCAAACACCUCUAUACUUGGAAAAUAAAAGAACAUCAGUUUUUUCAAUCAAUUCUUCAAUUUUGUGAAAAUUAAGCCACCUUAUAAAGUUGCAUUGCCGGAAGGAUUUAUCUGAGAUUGAAGAGUGCUGGAAUAUACUUAUCAAUAUUGUCUUCAGAAAAUAAAAGUAAUUUUGUUGUUGUGGCAUUGAAUGAGUCACAAUAUUUGGAUAAAAGAAAUUUAAAAAUCAAUUGUCCUGUAAGAGGAAUUUGGAAAAGUAGUUUUUUCCUUUUCACGGUUAAAAAGAAAGUGAAUUAAAAAUCGAUUGAUUGCCAGUCUGCAAAAAUUUCUUUCAAAUCUCUCAAUGUUGUUAAGUUCGAAGCGCUGAAAAUAAAAUAAACCCACACGAGAAUUCGGAAAAGAAAAACGCGAUUAACAGAGUCUCGUACGAACAAAUUCCACAUCGAGUGACUAACCACGUACAUACUUACCAUAUGCGAGGCGGUUGCUCGCCAAUGCAUAUCAGCAAAAAUCACACAUAAUUUUAAAAACGUACAGAAACAACGACGGUGACAACAACGCAUCAUCAGCAGCUGUUACAACAAUUAACUAUAGUCAGAAGCCGAUUAAAUUGGUCAUCACAAGAGAACCAUUAAAAUUUGUACUCCAAGUUUGUCCGGACUUUUAUAUUAAGUAAUAAUCGCGGUUAUACGCAUACAUUCAAAUCUAUGUGUUCUGUGUGACCAGGAAUCAAUAAUAAUAAAAACGUGCUCUGUAUUUACGAAUUUAUUGAAAAGACAUUAUUACUGCAAGCGCUAAAUAUUUGUGUUUAUAGAUAAGUAACCGUGGAAACUCUAAAAUAAUAAUUUGAUUUUGAACGGGGUUUGGCCAGUGGAGGUGCUCCGGGGGGCAACGCAAGCGUGAUAUCCGCUGGAUCAAACUAUCCAAGUCUCCCAAACUUGUUUCUAAAACGCCGGAUUAUUAAUUAAUCAACAAUUACUUAACUGAGAAAUACGUAAUUUAUACAUAGCAGCUAUUAUUUGAAGAAAUUUAAAUUCAUAUUUAAUUUAUAUAACUUGAUACUAGAUUCGCCUCCCGUCAUCUCCAACUAACAAGGCCAACCCAAAUAAUACAUACAAAUUCAGAAAAAAAAACAAAAAAAAAAACAUAUUUUCUAAGCACAAAUAACGGAGGAUAAAUAAAAACAAAAACAUUAAAUACUUUAUCAAAAUAAUAAAAUAAAAUCCAAGAAAUUCUUGAGUUAAUUCAACAAAUUCUUAAUUUAACAAAACUAUUAAUAAAACAAAAAAAAAACACAUUUAAAAUCUGUGAUUGUCUUAAUUUAAUAAUCACACUCUCCUCUAAAAGGAAAUUUAAAUAAUACAACACAAAACUAAUCGCCUCUACGCAUCUUUAUAAAUAAAAAAAUCACUGUAAAUCUCAAAACAAAAUUUAUAGCGAUUCCAACGUAAAUUCGUUAAGUCGAAUUAAAUAAUUAGGAGAAACGAUCGGAAGUAUAUCUUUACAUAAGUGUGCGACUUUAUUUGUUUAAAUGGAAAUCAUUCCUGAGGGUAAACAUUUUCGUUUGGUACAAGAAUCUGAGCUUCCAGAAAUUUUGGAGUAUUUGGAAAGAUACAUACCGGAAUCACUAAAGUUUCAUCAAACCAUUAAAACGUACCUGAAUGAUCGUGUUUGGGACUUUAACUUUUAUGUUUCUAAAGAAUGGCCACAGAAGCCAAUAAUAUUACAUUUUCCAGGAUGCACGCUUACGCCCAACAACAAUAUCUAUCAAAGCUUUGGUAUAUUUUGUCCCUCAACACAAAUCGAAUGUGUCGAUCUGAUGCGGACCGAAGAUAUCCUUAUCGAUUGGAAAAAGCCAUUGUACCUGAAUUUCACGCAUAUUGCUAUCAUGAAUCGUCUGGAUGACUUUUAUUCGACUAUUGGUGUAAUGGAGAGGCUCGAAGGCGACAUUUAUGUGUGUAAUAAAUUGAAUACGGAUUUAGAGUUGGAGGAAUUGCCUGAUGAUGCAGAAAUGCGUCCACUUACUGCUGAGGAUGUAAAAGCUAUACAUGAUUUGUAUCCGGCCAGCGAGAUUGAACGCAUAGAAGUAUUCGAGAUAUUAGUGCAAGUAUUACCCGGUUUGGGAAUAUUUCGCAAAGAUACCAAUGAAUUAGCCGCAUGGAUGGUGCAUUCUUAUUAUGGGGCAAUGUUCUCAAUGCAAACACGUCCAGAGUACCGUCGCAAAGGCUAUGGAAUUCGACUUGCUAGAUCUCUGACUAAACUUGUUAUUGAACGUGGUUAUUCGCCGUUUGUCGUCAUACGUCCACAAAAUGAUGCUUCUAGAAAUCUUUAUACAAAGUUAGGAUUUACAAAAGCGUAUGAAACAUGUCGAGUCAAAAUGACUCCUGACCUGACAGAUGAUAUCCUUAAGGAAGAGCCAGUGUCAAAUCCGCAAGCUGCGACUAAUGGUGUUGGCAAUGCUAAGGGUUCAUCAACAAGGGCAGAUUAUGACACAGAGGCUAACAAAGAAAAUCAACCAGUCGAUGAAGGCAUAGAGGAUAUGUUAGCUGAAAAAUGUGAUAUUGGUAAGGAGGAAAUGUGUACCGCCCACGUAAAAGCUGCAAUGGACGAGGGUAUCGAAGAGGAUAAAUAAAUAAUUAAACGAACACCAAUAAAAUGAGUGUGUAGUGGUGAGGAGAAUCCCGAUAAGGGAAAAGUCGGGUAAUAAGAUAAGAAAUGAAACUAACAAAAAUCUAUUGCAAAUGCUAAAAACAGAAAAACUCCAUGAACAUAUUAUAUACUUAUAACAAUGCAACUUAAAUUUAUAAGGAAUGAGUGCACAGGGAGAAACUGGUAUGUUGAUGUAAUUUAUAUUUUCAGCUGAUUGGAUAACAGAUGAAAGAGAAGGAAACGGAAACUGGCAUGAAUACUGUACAUAUGUAUUUAAUUGUUUAUGUAAAUACAUAUGUUUAUACGGAUUUGGUAGUUAGGAGCUAGUGCACUCGCAAAAACCAUACAAAAUUAAUAUUUAAAACAAAUAAUAAACGAAUCGAUAAAAAUUAUUUUAAAAGAUUUUGCUAAAAUGCUUUUACAAAAACAAAAAAAAACACUGAUUAAUUGUAUGUAUGUACAUAUGUAUGUUUAUGCAUGUGUAUGUAUGAAGUUAGAGCAAAUAAUGAAUUGUUUGCGGUUAGGACUUCCAUGAUUUUAAGGACACAUUCACAUACAUAUACUUAUAUAUACAUGUAUGUGAGUAUGCUUGUAGUUCUUUAAUUCAUCUUCCUAAUAAUGAAUACGCCCGCUAUAGCUAGAAAUAUAUAUAUUAUAUCUGUAUAUGCAUAUGUAUGUAUGCCUCAAACAUACACAUAUGUAAAUUAAGUGUAACAACCGAUUGGAAACAUACAUAUAAAUAUAAAUGUAACUAAGGCCUGAUUGAAGGCUUAUGCGAAGCAAAUUGUCAAAAAAUUGUUUAUCUAAUAAUAUAUUUAAUUUUCCUUAAUGAGCACACGACAAUUUCCAAGCACAAGAGUAUUAAAACGAUUUAAGAAUUAAUUUUACACAUAUUACAUAUUUUAUAAAGAAAAAUUGUAUUAGAAAUACGUAAUUAAAAAAAUAGAAAAAAAACCUACAGCAUAAUUUAGAACUCUACGUAUGUAUGAAUGUGCACACAAUUUGUUUUCCAAUCUUAAUUCCAUUUAAUUUCUAUGCAAAUAAAUAAAACAAAAAAAUUAA